AUGGUUCUUCAAGAUUUAGGUCGGCGUAUUAAUGCCGCUGUCUCGGACCUCACAAGAUCCCAGAACCUUGACGAGAAGGCUUUCGAUGGCAUGAUAAAAGAGAUAUGUGCCGCACUCCUCGAAGCAGAUGUCAACGUCAAGCUUGUGGGCACCCUCCGCAAAUCCAUAAAAGCCACAGUCAACUUUAAAGAUCUACCACCAGCUGUCAACAAGAAGCGCCUGAUACAAAAAGCCGUCUUCGAUGAGCUUGUAAAACUUGUCGAUCCUCAUGCCGAACCGUUCAAGCCCAAGAAAGGCAAGGCCAACGUCAUUAUGUUCGUUGGCCUCCAAGGCUCAGGCAAAACAACUACCUGUACCAAGCUCGCUCGUCACUACCAAACGAGAGGCUUCAAAUCGUGUCUCGUGUGCGCCGAUACCUUUCGUGCUGGAGCCUUCGAUCAGCUGAAACAAAAUGCUACCAAAGCCAAGAUCCCAUACUUUGGUUCCCUCACAUCUACAGAUCCAGCACAGGUCGCCUCCGAAGGCGUGGCUAAGUUCAAGAAAGAGCGGUUUGAAAUUAUCAUCGUUGAUACCUCCGGGCGGCAUAGGCAAGAGAAAGACCUCUUCGACGAGAUGACUCAGAUUCAACGUGCUAUAACCCCAGACCAAACUAUCAUGGUGCUCGAUGCCACUAUAGGCCAGCAGGCUGAAGCACAGUCCAAAGCAUUCAAAGAAACAGCCGACUACGGUGCAAUUAUAAUCACGAAGACCGAUGGCCAUGCCUCAGGCGGUGGUGCAAUCUCAGCAGUUGCAGCAACUCACACCCCUAUCGUCUUCAUUGGCACAGGCGAGCACAUGCUCGAUCUUGAACGCUUCUCCCCACAGCCUUUUGUAAGCAAGCUACUUGGUAUGGGGGAUAUGCAAGGGCUUGUCGAGCACGUACAAGCUCUCAAACUUGACCAGAAAGACACCAUGAAGCAUUUAGCAGAAGGUGUCUUCACAAUCCGUGACCUGCGGGAUCAGCUUCAGAAUAUCAUGAAGAUGGGCCCGUUAUCUAAAAUGGCAGGCAUGAUUCCCGGUCUUGGCCAGAUGAUGGGCGGUAUGGAUGACGAAGAGGGAUCCAUGAAAAUGAAGCGAAUGAUCUACGUCUGCGAUUCCAUGAACAACAAAGAGCUUGAUAGCGAUGGCAAACUAUUUGUCGAGCAGCCAGCACGCAUGACUCGAGUGGCCAGAGGAAGCGGCACCAGUGUCAGAGAGGUCGAAGAAUUGCUCAGCCAGCAGAAAGUCAUGGCAGGUAUGGCGAAGAAAAUGGGCGGCAUGUCCAAGAACAUGCAAAAAGCACAGGGCCAGAUGGGUGGCGGGAAUCGACAACAGCAGAUGGCAGCCAUGCAAAAACGAAUGCAGAGUCUCGGCCAAGGCGGCAUGGGCGGUGGAGGAGGAGGGAUGCCAGACAUGGGCUCACUGAUGAAGAUGAUGGGUGGAAUGGGCGGGGCAGGCGGCGGAGGCAUGCCUGACAUGGCCAGUAUGAUGAAGAUGAUGGGUGGGAUGGGUGGAAUGGGUGGCGGUGGUGCUCCUGCUGGUAGAGGGAGGAGGGGAUGA